GUCCAUGUAGGCCAUCGCGUAGAUAGCACCCACAGAAGCCUGGAGAUGGGACACAUCGAGGAAACAAAUUCAACGAAAGAGAAAGGCCUUCCCUUAACUCUACCCACUAAACCCUACUCGACCCAUACCCAACACCCUCACCUUGACCAAAUCCGACUAACAGAGGAAGGAGGAGGAGGAGGAAAAGACAUGGAGAUGAGGAAGAUAGUGGUAGUAGUGGAAGAUGUGGAUGCAGCUCGAACCGCACUUCAAUGGACUCUCCGCAACUUACUUCGUUAUGGGGAUUUGAUGACUCUACUUCAUGUCUUCCCCUCUUCAAAAUCAAGAAACAGCAAGAACAAGAAGAAGCAGAGGCUCCUCCGAUUGAGAGGCUUUCAAUUGGCUCUUUCUUUCAAAGAUCUCUGUGAUGCCACCGUUUUUGGUGCGAAGGUGGAGAUUGUGGUGAGGGAAGGUGAUGAAGAGGGGCGGACGAUUGCUUCGCUGGUCAGAGCGAUUGGAGCUACGGCGUUGGUGGUGGGUCUCCAUGACCAGAGUUUCCUCUACAAGUUGGCCAUGGCCCAUGGCAACGUUACAAGCCACCUCAAUUGCAGGGUUCUUGCCAUUAAUCACCGAUUACCGAUGACAUCAGGCGAUAACCCCACAAAUUUGGACUUGACGCAGAUUGAGAUUGCCGGAUUAUGGGUUCCUCCUCUCCCUCCACAAAAAAUUCCAUACCAAAUACUUCCAAGCCCUUUUGAUAAAAUUUGGAAAACAAAGAGGAGAGGAGGAAGAAGGGGUCGGGGGAGCAGUUGAAGUGAGGGUGACUCUCAACCAUUUGAUCUCAUUCCAACAGUUGCAGAUUGAAUCAGUCAUCCUUUACUCCAUUUCACUUUGGCCAUUUUGGGCCUGGGCUUGUGACCUAACAAGUGAGAACAUUAGAUUAUCUGUAAGAUCUGGAAGAACAUUUUGUAACUCCUUAGAUUUGUUUUCCUAUUACUUUUCAAGUGGUGAUAUUUUGAGCAAA